UCGCACGGGUAGCGCACAACAGCCAAGUCGGAUUUGGACUUGGAUUUGGAUUGGGAUUCGGAAUCUCAGACUUGAUUUCCCCUACUUGGCGAUUAUGCGAAUCGGAGUUGGUUGUCUUCUGAUGCUCCUGGGCAUUUGUGGUGCAGCACGGGCGGAUCUCACCUACCGCGGGAAUGCGGUUCACCCAGACCAUCCUGGCCAGUGUUACUAUGAGGAACUCAACCAGGCCAUUCCCAAGAAGCAGUCCUACAAGCCGAUCAACCGCGAGGGCUAUUGCCAAUCGAUCUACUGUAGGCCGGACUAUGUCCUAGAGAUUGGCUACUGCGGUCGCCACAACCUGGUGCCCACGGACAAGUGCAAGAUCGCCUCGGACAUGCGACGCACCUUCCCCGAGUGCUGUCCCAAGUUGGUUUGCCAGGAGUCGGAGAGCAACUACAUCUAGGCUGGAUCCGGAUGCAGUAUUUAACUCUUAGUAUUAGCUCCAACUUUUGGUUAAACGGUAGUUGUUCGAUUUGUUGAACAGCUUUUCUUUUAAUAUGAGUCAUUGGUAACUGGAUUGGUUGAUUAACUUUUUAUUAUUAUUUAUAAGGCUUUUUUAUGUUAUUGAUUUUGUUGCGUGAGGUAAAUCGAAAUGAAAAAAACAUCUUCAACACUUAAAAAAUAAAUAUAUACUUUAAAAAAAUCUGUUUUUUACAUGAAAUAAAGUUCAAAGAUUGUGGCUUAACAAGA